GAGGACGGACACUGUGACGUAUAGGAGAGGGACGGCACAAACGGAUACGAUACGGACGUCGUUUGUGCGUGGGUGUUUGAAUCGCGGUCGCGAACAUACCUUGGGGCGCGCUAGGACAUGGCGUGAUGUCCACCGCCAAACGUUUGGUCCUGAGCUGGAGGGGCCGAAAGCACUCUCAGGAUAGCUCCGCGGCCGGACGUCUGGUGGGACAGGGGGCCGGCGGUGCGCCCCAAUCGGGCGCCACCUAUCACGACUCUCACGAACUGGACGAGAUCGCCAUCGUCUCCAGCAAUGCGGACCCCUGCCACGUGAAGUAUGGCAGCGGGACCACGCUCUCCACUACCCUCAACGGACCCAGACUUGUUCCAGGAAUCAUCACGUCGAGUGGCGGCAGCGGCGGCGGCGGCGGCGUCGGAGGCGGUUGCAUGGUGGGUGAGAGGCUGAGCAGCAGCGGGACGCGCCUGAAUGUCACGUCGCCUGUUCAGUGCGCGCAUCCCACCGCAGGCUCGCACAAGACCAGUACGGAAAGCGUACACCGGGUCCUCAAGAGUGUCUCCAGGCAGAGCCUUUUAGAUUUAGUGGGCUGUAAAUUUGGAAUGUCAAAAUCUCGUCAGUCACACGGCAGCUACCAUCAAGACGGGUACUUUUCAACAUCACGCGAUAGCAUCUCGACCUCCAACUUCAACAGGGCUGCCAACGUCAGUUCGGCGGCCAGUGAACUGGACCUGUCGAGGAAAGCGAGGAGGAAAGACUUGCGAGGUAGGCUGAAACUACCGACAAGCGUACCGCUGGCGAGUUCCGGCGAGGCGCCCCUGCUGGGAGCGUGGCGCAACACGCCCGGAUCGACGGCCGGAACGAACCCCCCAUCCUCCAAUCAUCUUAAUAGUACGAGUAGCUGCAACGGGACCGAGAGUCGAUACGGAUUCCGCAGGGUGGAUUCGUAUAGUUCGAGGCUACGAUCCGGUUCGUCGAAUUGGUCGUUUGUGUUCGACCCUGCGGGUAGGCUGUGCUACUACUGGUCCAUGGUAGUGUCGUUAGCAUUCCUUUAUAAUUUUUGGGUCAUUAUUUACCGCUUUGCCUUCAGAGAAAUUGAUGCUAACACUAUCUUGGUGUGGUUUUGCCUGGACUAUUUCGCGGACUUUUUGUACCUGAUGGACAUCGUGUUCCAUUUCCGCACGGGCUACCUGGAGGACGGCGUCCUGCAGACGGACUCCACAAAGUUACGAAACCACUACAUGAACUCCACCACCUUCUACAUAGACUGUUUGUGCCUGUUGCCCCUGGACUUUCUCUAUCUGUCCAUAGGCUUCAACUCCAUCCUUCGAUCAUUUAGAUUGGUUAAGAUCUACAGAUUUUGGGCGUUCAUGGACCGUACGGAGCGCCACACAAACUAUCCGAACUUGUUCCGCUCCAGCAGCCUCAUCCACUACCUCCUAGUCAUAUUCCAUUGGAACGGGUGCGUGUUUCACAUCAUACUGAAGAACGACGGUUUCGGUUCGAAAAACUGGGUGUACAGUGACUCGGAAAGUACAGACAACGUGAAGGCGUAUUUGCAAAGUUACUACUGGUGCACGUUGGCGCUGACCACCAUCGGCGACCUGCCACGCCCGAGGAACAAGUCUGAGUACGUGUUCGUGAUCUUUCAGCUGCUCUUCGGGCUGCUGCUCUUCGCCACCGUGAUGGGGCACGUGGCCAACAUUGUCACAUCGGUUUCGGCGGCACGCAAAGAGUUCCAGGCAAAACUGGACGGGGUGAAAACGUACAUGCGAAUGCGCCGUGUGCCGAACCAUCUGCAGGUGAAGGUGAUCAAGUGGUUCGACUAUCUGUGGCUCACCCAAAAGUGUUCUGACGAGGAAAAAGCGGUCUCCUGUCUUCCAGAUAAGUUAAAGGCUGAAAUAGCAAUCAACGUACAUCUAGAUACCCUCAAGAGGGUCGAAAUAUUUCAAAACACAGAGGCUGGAUUCCUAUGCGAAUUGGUGCUCAGACUUAGGCCGGUCCUGUUUUCUCCAGGCGAUUAUAUUUGUAGAAAAGGUGAAGUUGGCAAAGAAAUGUACAUAGUAAAUCGAGGCCGACUUCAAGUAGUAGCCGACAACGGGAAAACAGUGCUGGCCACAUUGAAGGCCGGCAGCUACUUCGGCGAGAUAUCGAUAUUGAAUAUGGGCACGGCAGGUAAUCGUCGUACAGCUAGUGUCCGAUCAGUAGGUUACAGUGAUUUAUUCGUCCUAAGCAAAAAGGAUAUGUGGGACGUACUGAAGGAGUAUCCGGCUGCCAGAGUCCGGUUAGAGGCGAUCGCCGUCAAGAGGCUGGAGAAGUACAAAAAGGCACCCUUGGAAAAAGCGGCGAUGGGAAGGAGCCAAUCGACGCCCGGUCUGGUGGAGUCCAGGGGCAAGAUAGCACUGGAGGACAUGUGGCUGCCGUCGACGUUGGCCGGUCUGACGCCGUCGACGGCCUACACGAGGUCCCUGAUGGGGUCGCCGCCGCGACAGCCACCCGACAGUCCUGGCGGCUCGACGAGCAGCGGUCGCAGCCACCACCAGCUCUCGCACGCCUCGCACGCAUCGCACACCUCGCACGCACGAUCGCACGGUGCGGGAACAUGGAAGUGCGACAGCACGACCCACCUGGUGUCGGGCAUCGCGACGCCGCUGCUGGGCUCGCACGAGGCGCUGGAGUCGGAGAUCAAGCGGCUGCGGGAGCGGCUGCACACCGUCGAAACGGAGAACGCCGCGAUGAGCGUGAAGCUCAACCAGCAGCAGUGGGAGCUCGAGAACCGCCUGGCCGAGAUCGAGAUGCAGAUAUGCGGCUCGCGGUCGACCAGCAGUCUGGAGGACAACGAGAGGAACCGCGAGAGUAUCAUUUAACGACGAAAUGUGCUGCCUUACCGUGUACUGCCGGCGCCCAAGUAUGUGUUCGUCCAAUAUAUCGUGUAAUGGCAGCAUCCGCCCGCGACACAAUUGACAUUUAAAGACGAUUUAUAGUGAAUUUUUACUGUUGUCAAAUUUAUUGAAAUUAAACUCAAAAUAAAAGCAAACAAA